AUGAGUGAAAUAGUACAACCUCAAGAUUCGGGCGAAUAUAUUUGUUUUGCUAAAAAUCCAGUAGGAAAUGUUGAAUCUUCUGCCCAUUUACAUAUUAAUUCACCUCCAUUAUUUACUAAACUUCCACAAAAUUUACGUUUAAUACCUGGCAAAACAGCAAUUUUUGAAUGUGAAGCUUUUGGACAGCCAAUUCCAAGAAUUUUUUGGAGCAAAGAAGGAGAUCAGCUUUUUACUUUCUUCUCUGGCCUAGUCUCAUCAGAUGGACGUAUUCAAGUUACAAAUGAAGGUCGUUUAAUAAUUGACAAUAUUCGUCAAAUAGAUCAAGGAAUUUAUGUUUGUGCUGCUGCUAAUUCUGCUGGGUCAACUUUGGCAAAAGCUUCGUUGUCGAUAAUAAGUGAUGCAACUUCCCAUCCUCCACCAAUCAUUCAAUAUGGACAUCAGAAUCAAACUUUAAUGCUUAACGAUAUGGCAAUACUUCCCUGUCAGGCAACUGGACGUUUACCUGUUGUAAUUAAUUGGAUGAAAGAUGAUAUGCCUUUAAAUCUAAAUUCGAGUGAUUACAAAAAUCGUUAUCGACAACAAUCGAUGGGGACAUUACAAAUAUCAGACUUGAAGAAAGAAGACAGUGGAAUUUUUACAUGUAAAGCAUCAAAUGAAGAUGGAGAAACCACUUGGACAUCAUCUCUUGUAGUUGAAGAACAUACAAAUAGAAAUACAAAUUUUCAAAGAAUGCCUGACGCAACAGUUCUUCCCUCGUCUCCAGGAAAGCCAAAUUUGUUAAAUAUUUCUGAUGAUGGAAUUGUUGAAUUGGAAUGGACAGCUCCUGAAAGGCAGGGAGCAUCGUCUAUUGUUGGAUAUAUAAUUCAAUAUUGGAGCCCUGAAAUGGGAGAGUCUUGGCAAAAUAUAAUGGAUGUUGUAACUACUACCCGUUUUCGUAUCAAAAACCUUCGACCUGGACGUUCCUACAUUUUCUUGAUUAGGGCAGAAAAUUCCAAAGGAAUAGGAUUACCAUCACAACCAAGUUCUCUUGUAACAAUUUCUACGCCUAUUGGAUAUAGAGAACCUGAGGAAGGUAGUGAAACCUCUUCUCAAUUUGGAAGAAUGUUAGACAUGGAAACUGCUCGACAAAAACUUUCUUCUGAACAGUUGGUCAAAUUAGUAGAAGUUAGACCUUUAAAUUCUUCAGCGAUGCUAUUAAGUUGGAAAAGGCAGAAAAAGGAGCCUUUAGUCCAAGGUUAUUAUAUUAAAUGGCGUGGACCUCCUUUACCACACGACCACAGUUGGGUGAAUGUAACCGAUCCUGAAAUUGAACACAUAAUCAUUAAUGGAUUGAGGCCUUUUAACAAUUAUGAAUUUUUUGUGAUACCUUAUCAUUAUCAAAUACAAGGAAUGCCUUCAAAUUCGCUUGAUGGGACAACAAUGGAAGCUAGUCAGUUUUCAAAUUUAUUUUUUUUAUUUGAGGGAAGUUUGGUAUGA